AUGCCGUCCGACGACUAUGCUCUGACGAGCGGCGGCGGCGGCGCGCUCAAGCUCAAAGGCGCCAAGAUCGACAAGAAGAAGAAGAAGAAGCGCGUAAAGACGGAUCUCGAAAAGAACCUGACCACCGGCGACGACGCUGCGUCCUCCAGGGAGCUUGUCGCUAAGAAGAAAGAUGCCAGUGAAGGCGCAGAGGACAGGAUUGAGGAGGACGAGGAUGGAACAUCAGCGGCGCAAAAGACGGAAUCGGAGAGACAAUAUGAAGAGACCAAGAAGAAACGACUACUCAAAAUGGCAGAAAAGUCAGGCUCGCGGUCUGAACUGCUCAAGACUCACAAGGAGCGCGUCGAGGAGCUCAACACCUACCUGUCCAAGCUCAGCGAGCAUCACGACAUGCCCAAAAUUGGGCCUGGUUAA